CCCGGCCACGCAAACAGAAAUGAGCGGAGCCGACUAGCUGAUCCGAUUCUGUUGGAAAACAGUUGUUGUUUGAUAUCGCUCAACUGUGAAGUUUCUUAAAGAGUUAAUCCUCAAGAACAUCAUUAGUCGCCAAGUUCAGACCGUGGUGUUUGGGACAGUGAGAAGAUGUCCACAGUGAGUGAAGUCCAGGUUACCCAGGCAUGGCUGCACUCUGAAUGGCACAUCCAGGUCCCUCCUGCCUGGCUGGAUGCUUGUGUGAACUGGAUAAAGGAGGAGGCGGAGAGAGAAGCUGUGCCCCGGGCCCUGCUCAAUCAACGUGUCUUGGAGCAAUGGUUACUAACAGACCUGCGAGAUCUGGCUCACCCAGUGCUCCCUGCAGGCAUCUCAGAGGCCCAGAAGACAGAACUAAACAGCUGUUACUGUGUUCAGAUGGACUCUCUAAUGGAUAUCAGCCAGCCUGCUUACACUCAACUGCAGCGCAUUCGGGGCACUGACUGCUCCAACGAACAAGUCUCCGCGGUUACGCAGGAAACACAGAGGCCAUGGGAGGCCAAGCCCACUCGCAUGUUGAUGCUGCAGCUUACGGAUGGGGUGCACAGUCUGGAGGGUAUGGAGUACCGGCCCAUCCCAGCCCUGAGUACCAACCUGCCACCCGGCACGAAGCUACAGAUAGUUGGGCCUAUCGUUGUUCGUCUCGGGGUGUUGCUCUUGAAGGCAGAGAAUGUGAAGGUGUUGGGAGGGGAGGUGGAACAGCUCUUGCCUAUAUACUGUCAAAGUAGACUGCUUUGUGGGACACUGGGUCUGCCUGAGGAAAACCAUCCACAAGGUGAGGAACUGGAUGACCAGGAGCUCUUGGCCAGUGUGGAGGCUGUGGAAGAUUUUCAGGUAGCUGACAGCGGCUACGACAGCCUGAAUUUGCAAGUGUUUUCCAGACCAUCUGCACCUCACCUUCAAUCACAACGCUCCCAGUUAAGCCUCCGUCAACAAGAGACACCCAUUUCCAGUGACAACAGCUGGAAUGAGGUUGAAAUUCCAGAUGAUGACUUCAACAGCAUUCCAGAUGAUUUUGAUGAAGUUCCACAAAACUUUGAGGACAAUAUGGUGGAUGAAAUUCCUGAGGACUUUGAUGACAUCCCAUUAGAGGAGCUAGAUAGCGUGAUGUGCCCUUUAGAUUCAGUAGUGUUGCCUAGCACAAGAGAACACAUUAAAAUUGAGCAACAGACAUUUCCAGAUUUAGACUUACCAAGUUUGGACAACCAUACUAACCAGCCCAAAACUGGAGGACUGAACCAGAUCCAGUCAAAUUCUGCCUCCAGAACUCCUGUUGGCGAAAGAAGCUCCCACCACAAUAGAUCCUUAGAUGAAUUUCCAAAGUAUGAGUCUAAAUAUGAAUCGGUUUCAAAUAGGAAGCAAAAUGCUAGUGCAAUAACGGACGCACCCAUACCCAGGUACCUCUGCACUCUGCAGGCUGGCACUUGGCCGCCAACCAGUGUUCAGGUUUUACGUCUACAAGCCUUUAUUGUUACAUUGGUGGGGAACUUGCGCAGUAGUGGUGGAGUUUGGAAACUGGGGGCCACCAUAUCAGAUGGGACCGGGUAUCUGGAUGUGGAUCUGUGUGACGCAAUGCUCACUAACCUCAUUGGCUUCUCAGCAGCAGAGGCCCGAGUGCUGAGGAAAGACCCAGUGAGACGCAGUGAUGUGGACAAUGGGAUUCUGCACUGUCAGAAAGAGCUGGUGGAUAUGUGCUGUAUGAUGAGCAUACAGGUGGAUCAGACGGGCAGAGGAGUCGUGUUGAGUGCCAGUCUGCUCUCAGAAAGAGAAUGUAGUGAGAUACAGAAACGAGUGAAUGAGCGGAGGAAAUAAGCAAUUCUUUCUUGACUUACUGUGAACUUACUCUGGCAACGGGAUUUUGAAUGCAAUAUCUCUUUGGUUCUCUGAGUCUGUAGACGGCAGAUCAAAAAUGCUCCCAUUUUAGGUCAAAAUUUCAGUACCUCAUGUAUUCUAUUUUUGUAAAUUGAUUUGUUUUGUUCUUUGUUACUUUUACUUGAAUGUUUUCAGUGUUAAAUAAAUCAAAUUAAACUGAUUAAAAUUAUUUAUGUAUAUUAUUUCCUGGACAAUAUUAACUAGAUUUUUAUAUUUUCUUUAGAAAAUAAGAAUAGUGCAUAAACCUGCAGCCACAAGGCUAUGGUGUUGUGAAAGGUUGUCAGGGCAUUGCUAUUCAGUUGUUAAGGAGUUUUAAGUGGUGUUAAGUGCAUUGCUAUGAAUGAACCAAGUUGGAUCCCUCAUUCAAUGUUUUUUCAGGCCCAUUUUGUUGUGCUCCGUGGGAAAGUCCAAUCACUUGGAGAAGUAAUAGCACACCUGUAUCAAUAGCACAAACACUGUUUAUAAAUAAGUAAAUAGGUUAAAUACUUGAGGUUAGGGGUUUGCUCAAAUCCCUAACCUCAAGCAUGAGCAAUAACAACAGUGAUCUACUGCUUAUACAGCCCUUAAUUAAAUACCAUCUGGCACCGAUAGAUGGCAGCAGUGGGAUUUCAAACCAUUUGGGGGUGAGGGGUCAGGGGUGUUGAGGUCACAAUAUAAUGGUCCUCUUUGGUCCUUUAAUAUUGUAACAGUGCUGAAUGCAAUAAUUUUAUGAAUAAAGGCUUGAAAUGCGAUAAAGGCCCAAAAUGAUAUAAUUUUUGGUUUUAAAAGAUGCAUGUAUUUUUAAAGUUCACACUGUACAAGACAAACACUGUGUCUGCAUUGCUAGCAAUUCACCUGUUUCUGUCAUCUUUUCUUGCUGUCUCAAAGAAAAGAUGAAUAUAAUUAGAAUUUCUUUUAAUCACUGAUGUAUCUGUAAAAUGGCAUGACUGUGUCAGCUGGCUAGCAAAAAGAAAAUACACAAAA